AUGGACUCGCUAGUCGUGUCCAGCGUCCUGCGCCGCCUGUUUCGACACCCGGCCUGCCAGUCGCGAAGGAACCUGGCUACGCUGUCGUCGUGUCUGCAGCACAGCCGCCGGCGGGCGACGCAGAGGCAACACCACCACCAGCACCACCAGCACCCCCCGAGGCGGACCAUGGCCACCCGGGAUACCCUCAGGGGAGCCAAGCGGGGCACCGCCGCCACCGAGAGCGGAUGGCAGCAGCGCACCUCCGUCAUCACCCUCGACAUGUCCGGCGAGUACAAGACCUACCCUACCGUCACCGCCAACGACCUGCGGUCGCAUCGGGACCGCCCGCGCCGGGUCAAGAUGCUCAUGCGUGACUUCAUCGAAGACAGCCUCUACAACCCGCACUACGGCUACUUCUCGAAGCAGGCCGUCAUCUUCAGCCCCGGCGAGCCGUUCGACUUCAACGCGCUGGCGGACGAGCCCGCCUUCCACGCCGAGCUGGCGCGGCGGUACACCGAGUUCGAGGACGCGCUGGACGCGCGCGCCGGCGCCCCCGACCUGACGCGCCAGCUCUGGCACACGCCCACCGAGCUCUUCCGCCCCUACUACGGCGAGGCCGUCGCCCGCUACCUCCUGUCCAACUACGUCAUGUCCACCUACCCCUACCACGACCUCAUCAUCUACGAGAUGGGCGCCGGCCGCGGCACGCUCAUGCUCAACGUGCUCGACUACAUCCGCGACGUCGAGCCGGCCGUGUACGACCGCACCAAGUACAAGAUCAUCGAGAUCUCGUCCUCGCUCGCCGCGCUCCAGACCCAGCAGCUGCGCCAGUCCGGGGCCUCCUCCUCCUCCUCCUCCUCCUCCUCCGCCGCGGCCGGCUCUCCCUCGGACGCCGCCGCGGCCGCCCGCGCCCGCGGCCACGCCGACAAGGUCGAGAUCAUCAACAAGUCCAUCUUCGACUGGGACGCGCCCGUGCCGUCGCCCUGCUUCUUCCUCGCCAUGGAGGUCUUCGACAACUUCGCCCACGACGUGCUGCGCUACGACCUCGUCACCGAGGAGCCGCUGCAGGGCGUCGUGCUCAUCGACGCCGCCGGCGACUUCCACGAGUUCUACGAGCCCGCGCUCGACCCCGUCGCCGCGCGCUACCUGCGCGUGCGCCACGCCGCCACCGGCGGCGCCUACCCGCUGCCCUACGGGCCCUCGUCGCCGUCGCGCUUCGCCUGCUCGUCGUCGUCAUCGUCGUCGUCCUCCUCCCUCUCGUCGUCGCUAUCGUCGCCGCCGCCGCCGUCGCCCCUCGCGGCGCGCCUGGCCGCGCUCUCGACGCUGUCGUGGCGGCUGCUGCGGCGGCUGCGCGCGGCGCUGCCCUUCGCGCCGAACCUCAGCGGGCCCGAGUACGUGCCGACGCGGCUGAUGCAGUUCUUCGACGUGCUGGAGCGGCGGUUCCCGGCGCACCGGCUGGUGGCGGCGGACUUCGCGGCGCUGCCGGGGGCGGUGCGCGGGCUGGGCGGGCCGGUGGUGCAGACGCGGUACGCGCGCCGGACCGUGCCCGUCUCGACCCCGCUCGUCCACCAGGGCUACUUCGACAUCCUCUUCCCCACCGACUUCCGCGUCGUCGAGGCCCUCUACCGCGCCCUCACCGGCAAGCUCACCCGCCGCUUCUCCCACGAGGCCUUCGUCCGCUCCUGGGCCUACGUCGACGACACCCGCACCCGCUCCGGCGAGAACCCCCUCCUCUCCUGGUACCGCAACGCCAACGUCCUCGUCACCGUGUGACGACGCCGCGGCGCGGGCGGGCUGGGCGGAAAGAGGGAGGGCAAGGAAGGGGGGGCUGAGUGUGGAGAUGGGUGGUGGGUUCGCGGACGCCGGCUAUAUAUUAUAUAUGUGUAUAUAUAUAUAUUCGAAGGAGGCGGUAGCGACCGGUGAGGUGGGUAGGCGGGGACGGAAGUGAGAUCGCGAGGGAAGUAGUAGGUAUAUCCAAGACGGGUUUUAGGCAGGUAGACGAGAGGCACGUAUGGGAGGACGGAGUCUGGUGAUACCACUAGCCACACACACACACACACACACACGCACGCACUCAGUCUAUAUAUAUACGCCUGUCCACGUACAUAAUUCAUCUAACCCACCCACCUGACCGGUUUCUCGAAACACGGGCGGACUAGUUGGCGUAUUCUACUAUACUUGUAGCACAGCAUAGCACAGCAUAGCCACAUCGCGGACGCGCGUAUACAUGGUUUGGGGGGAAAUGACACGCAGAUGUCUUUUUUGUCGUCCACGAGAGCGAGAA